AUGAAGGCCUCAGUCGUCACCCUCCUCCUCGCCGGCCUGGUCGCCGCCCAGGACUUUACCGGCCAGCCUGACUGCGCUAUCUCCUGUCUCAAGGACGCCAUCCCCAAGGCCGGCUGCGCCCUCACAGACACCGCCUGCCAGUGCAAGACGUCGACCCAGGCCCAGCUCGCCGGCCUCGUUGCCCCGUGCCUGAUCGAAAAGUGCAGCGCCUCUGAUCUCGCCAAGGCCCAGUCCGCCGCCGCCGCCGCUUGCAAGGCCAACGCCGCCGGUUCUUCUUCUGCUGCCUCUGCCGCCUCCUCGGCCGCCACUUCAGCCGCUGACUCGUCUGCUCCCGCCUCGACCUCGGCCGCCACCACCUCUGAGGACACGACUAGCGCUGCCCAGACCACCUCUGCCGGCGAGACCUCUGCUGCUGAGACCUCUGCUGCUGAGACCUCUGCCGCUCAGAGCUCCGCUGCAGACUCCAGCGCCCCGGCCUCCACGGCUGCUUCCGGCGGUGCCUCCAUCCCUACCGCGAGCCCGACUGGUGGCGUCUCCAACAGCACCGUCUCUGGCUCUCGCUCCGUCGUCACUCGCACCUCGACUGCCUUUGUUGGCGGCGGCGGCGGCGCCCAGACCUCUUCCACCCCCAAGACCACCUCGCUCAACGAUGCCGCCGGCCCUGUUGCUGGCGUCCUCGGCGCCGUCGUGGCCGCUCUCAUGGCUCUGUAA